AUGCAUUCCUGCCCCUGCAAAUUGAGUGCACUGUUCAAGGGGGUACCUGUUAUAGAGGAUGCUUUUGAGCUCCAAGGAGGGGUGGUGAAAGGAGGGUGCGUCUCCCCCUCACCCCCUCUUCCCGAACUACGCACCUGCGUCUCCUUCAACCCCACUUCCCACUGCUCCCUUCCCUCCUUUCCUGCUCCCUCCCUUUCCCGUCUCCCGCUUCCCCCGCUCUCCCCCAGCUCGGCACCUGUUACUCACUCUCACGCCCCACCGCAGUGA